AUUCCAAAGCAGAGAGCCAAUUCCAGAUCGCUCGCUCAUGGACCGCAGCGCAGAGUUCGGCCGAUGGAAGGCGCAGAGUCUGAGCAAGGCAGACCUUAGCCGGAAGGGCAGUGUGGACGAGGACGCGGUGGAGGUGGUGGAGCUCCUGAAUUCGCGGGAAGAGUUUUUCACUACCAGCUCCUGCGCAGGCCGCAUCCUCCUUCUAGACGGGAGCACGAAUGGUCCCAGAGUUCAGAAACAGCACUGCUGCUGGCUGCUGGUCACACACAAGCCUUGUGUGAAAGAUGACGUGAUGGCAGCUCUGAAGGGUGCAACCAGCGAUGCUGUGUUGAAGUUUGAACCAUUUAUCCUCCAUGUGCAGUGCCGGACACUGCAGGACGCACAAACCCUGCAUUCAGUGGCCAUUGAUUCUGGCUUCAGGAACUCAGGCAUCACCGUGGGGAAGCGAGGGAAGAUCAUGCUGGCUGUCCGGAGUACACAUGGAUUGGAAGUCCCAUUAACCCACAAGGGGAAACUGUUGGUGACAGAGGAAUAUAUUGAGUUCCUCUUAACUACAGCAAAUCAGAAAAUGGAGGAAAACAAGAGAAGAAUUGGAAGGUUCUAUAACUGCCUACAACAUGCUGUCAAAAGAGAAACAAUUUCAAACUCACGCUCCGAGAUCAAAGAAAAAAAUAACCCACUCUGUACUCCUAAGAAUCAGAGGAAGCAAGGAAAAGCAUGUGACCCAUCUACGACUGAAGAUGAUGGCGGGGAGCAGCUCGAAGGCAGCGAUGGCUGGGGAAUCGGUGCUGUCCUCUUCCUGGGCGAUGACUAAGACUUGGCGGGAAUCGACUCUGGUUCACAUGCUGCUCUUCACAAGAGCGUCAGGAUUCACUGAGGGCACCCGACCCCUCAGGAGGCUGGAGUUAAUCUCUCUAUUGUAGAGAAACUUAAGUGUAAAUGGCUUUUCAAAGUAGCUUUGUAUAUGUUUGCUCUCUGAAGUCUGCUUUUUAAGCAUAUUAGGAUUCACUCUACAAAUAAACCUAAAACUUCCUGUGUCUGUUUAUGUCAAAUAGGAAAAA